AUGGCUGUUCUAUUUUUACUUUUUGCAAUAGCUUCUUUAAUGUUAUUCGGCACUUGUUAUGAUGUUUAUGUACAUAGACCGCUAGAAAAAAGCUUAAAAAUUCAGCGACUAAAAAUAAAUGGAGGUAAUGGAAAGCCUGUUAGUGUAGAGCCGCAAUCAAAAUUUGUUACAAUUAUUAGGCUAUUUUCUGUGGCUCGUAAUUUGGACUAUAUUUUGGACACAAGAAUGGAGGAAGGACAGAUUCGGUGUUUACACGGGGCCAGAUUCCUGAGCAUGUGCUGGUACUACUAUAUCUGUACGAGUUUAACAACCGAUAAUUUACUUCAAACCAUGCAAGAAUUUACCAAAUUUUUUUAUAAUCAAAUGGUUGUACAGGCACCUCUAGCUGUAGACUCUUUCUUUUUACUUAGUGGAUUGCUUACUUCUUAUAUUUUUCUUGUAAAACUACAAAAGAAACAAUUUCGGUUAAAUUCAUUCAGCACCUGGUUAGUUUACAAACUAAUUUUUUAA